CGCUGAGUAGGAGACAGGAAGCGGAUUCGGAUACAGCCAUGUGUACCACACACAAGCUCUUACUUCUAACAGCCUCCAGGUGGCGUGAGACCUGAGUGACGUGUAAAUGUGUCUCUGCCGGCCCGGGCUGGUCUCUCCUCACCAGGAGAAGAAGAAUAAGGAUCUGCACCUUCUUUAGUCACUCUGGACAUGUAGAGCAUGUAGGUGUUUACUUCUACAUGAGGAACCGCAUCCACAUCAACCUCCUCGCCUCGCGCGCUUCCUGUUUAAGACGAGCUGGAAAUAGAGGAGCGAGUCUUCAUCAUUCCAGGUGGAGCAGGUGACUGGGACACACCAGAUUCCAAAGAUGAGGAAGAGUUUGGACCAGGAGUUCAUUACUGAAGUGUUUGUUCGCCUGCUGCUGUUGGCUGUCUUUAUAGUAACUGAGAAACUGGCUCCAUUCACACGCCAGAUCCAGCCGGAGGAGAUCUGGCUUUACAGGUUCCAGCACGUGAAGAAUGACCACGUUCCUACCUCACUCAUGUUCAGCAUUGCUCUUUUCACACCGCUGGUCACCAUUCUGCUUUUUGCAUUCCUGAGAAGAACUGAAAAGGGCGAGGUGAAGGAGGCGUCGCUAGCUGUGACGUUGACUCUGCUUCUGAACGGAGUAUUCACCAACGCAGUGAAGCUCACUGUGGGAAGGCCGCGUCCCGAUUUCUUCUACCGCUGCUUUCCAGAUGGUCAGAUGAACGCAGAGUUCCAGUGCAGCGGCGACUCUGAAAUGGUGACAGAAGGGAGGAAGAGUUUCCCCAGUGGACACUCAUCAUUUGCAUUUGCUGGCCUCGGCUUUACGGCUCUUUUCGUGGCUGGGAAGCUCCACUGUUUCAGUCCGGCCGGUCGGGGAAAAGCGUGGCGUCUCUGUGCGUUCCUCACGCCUCUACUCUGUGCUGUCUUGAUCGCCGUCUCCAGAACUUGCGACUACAAACAUCACUGGCAAGAUGUAUUAGUGGGGUCGCUGCUGGGUUUGAUUUUCUCGUAUCUGUGCUACCGGCAACAUUAUCCGUCGCUCACCGAAACCGAUUCCCACAAACCCCUACGGUUCAGAGACGCACUUCUCUCAGCACAGGAACGCAAACAGGCCGCGGCAGGAUUUCUCCUGCCUCUGUAGAGGUUUCAGUAGCAUCUAAGCUAAUCUUGAACUGUGUGAUGGACAUGUCCUCAUUCACAGCCCUCAAACUAAUGCUGCCAAUGUGUGUGUGGGACCGAGACUGAGAUGUUCCUGUUUCAGUCUGACCUUCUUAAGAACAUACAAAAUAAUUGUUUGUGUAUUAUUAUUAUUAUUAUUAUUAUUAUAUAUGUAUUUCAAUUUGUAUUCGAAUAGUCUGGGUUGGGGGGGAGGGGGGUCUUUAACAUGUUUGUACGUCAUUUGUUCACAUGGACUUCACAUUAUAGUUAUAAUGGGGUCUCAAUAAAACGUUUGGAAAGUU